UUGGGUUUCACGACUCCCACCGCAAUUCAGAAAUCGGUGUUGCCUGUGCUGCUGGCGGGGCGAGAUGCCCUGGUCCGCGCACAGACCGGUUCCGGCAAGACGAUAUCCCUACCCUACCCCCCUCCAUCCGCUCAGGCCCAGCAGCCCCGUAUCAGCCGCGGCGAGGGCACCUUCGCCCUCAUCCUGGCGCCCACUCGGGAGCUGUCGCUGCAGGUGUUCGACGUGGCAGCUGCCCUCCUGAAGCGCUACCACUGGCUGGUUUCGGGGCUAGUCAUCGGAGGGGAGAACCGGCAGCAUGAGAAGGCACGACUGCGGAAGGGUGUGGCGGUGCUGGUUGCCAGUCCGGGGAGGCUGCUGGACCACCUGGAGAAGACGGCGUCCUUUAGAACGUCUGAGCUCCGCUGGCUGGUUCUGGACGAGGCCGAUCGCCUGCUAGAUCUCGGGUUCGAGGCCAAGCUCCGACAAAUUACGGAGCUGCUCAACCAGCGGUCCGCGGCAGGGGCAGCGGGGAGCCCGACGGGUCGGCCCCCCGCACACCACACGCCUCCCCCGAAACACACUACCCUCUCGCCUCCUGACCUUCUGCCGUACACAACCGUACAACAGACCGGCGCUGGGCUACAGCUGCUUGCAAGCGGCGGCAGCGGCGGGGCUGCUACUGCCGCCGCCGUCGGCGGCGGCGACGACCCACUUUCCCACUACAGCCUGCCCGCCUCGCUGCGGCAAUGCUGGAUGGAGGUGCCAGCUAAGGAGCGUUUGAUGGCGCUGGCGGCGUUGCUCCGAAACCGUGCUGCCCGCCGUCGUGUCGGCGGUAGCAAGGCGGUGGUGUUCGUGGCUUCCUGCGAUGAGGUGGAGUUCCUGCACUACCUGCUGGGGGACAUGUGGGAGGCGGCGGCGGGCGCGGCGCUGCUGCCCCGGUCUGUACGGCUGUUCAAGCUGCACGGAGACAUGCAACAGGCGCAACGGACCGAGACGUUUGCGGGGUUUUCACAAGACGGUGACGGUGUACUGCUGUGUACGGAUGUGGCAGCCCGAGGACUUGAUUUCCCCAAUGUCACGACCAUCAUCCAGUACGACGUGCCCGGAGCCCCCGCGGAGUGA